AUGACCAGAGAAGAGGCUGAGGCUUCACCAAAGCUAAUUAGAGGUAUAAUCUCACUUUGUGGUUACCAGAUAGAUGCUUUGUUUGAUUCUAGUGCCACACACUCUUUUGUAUCUAAUGAUUAUGCCAAAAGACUAAACUUGCAUAUGCUUGAAAUGCCAUUUUCCAUUAAUGUGUCUACACUAGUUGGUGCAUCUGUGAGGACCAGUCGGACUUCUUUAAAACUAGAGUUGAAGUUUAGUGAUAGAGUCAUUAUUAUUGACUUAAUCUGCUUACCUUUGAGUGGCAUUGAUGUGAUAAUAGAGAUGGAUUGGUUUUUUGCCAAUGGUGCGACACUUGAUGUAAUAGAAAGGGGAAUUGACAGAAUUGAUGUAGUGAAUGAGUUCCCAGAGGUGUUUGAUGAUCGAGUGUCAAGAUUGCCAUCAGAAAGAGAGAUUGAAUUCUUCAUUGAUUUGGUGCCUAAUACUGAGCCAAUCUCUAAGGCUCCAUAUCGCAUGGCUCCUGUAGAAUUGGAAGAAUUAAAGAAGCAAUUAUAA